GGCCGGCGGUUACAGAGGCUAGAAUAUACUUGACUUUAGAUCUGACUUGUCAAAAGCUUUCAUGUGUAUCGAUCUGGCCGAGGUUUGCUAACCUCGAGCCUUUCCCUUUCCAUCAACACUAAAGUAUAUAAACUCCGAUGCUGCUCCCUACCACUCCGAACCGGUCGUCGUAAUGAAAUGCUCCUGGCCUGAAACUCGUUGCAGGUGAUACUCAGCGGCGCCCAAGGACGUGAUGGGCUUGGAUAUUAGUACUGCUCGUCAACUUGCCACCAUAACGCUUGCGCUUUCUCCAUAUCGUAUUACCAGCUCAAACUCUCUGUAGCUAAUAAGGCUACUGAGUAUUGAGUACAGCGUUCGAGAAGUGCAUAACAAGAUAGACUUGUGUUCUCGGAGUGCAUACACGCGUUUUUGCCAUGUCUAACAAGAGCGAUGUCAUGCAAGGCUUCACGCGUAUAGGAAAGGACGUGUAUGUUCCUGAGAACGUCAGUCCUUUUGCCUCAGAGGAUGGUCCGGACUACGUGAUCGUAUUUGGAUGGAUGGGGGCUCAACUCGCUCAUCUUCGCAAGUACCUGGAUCAGUACAAGACUCUGUAUCCUGAUACCAAUGCAAUUCUGGUCAUAUCAAGGCCAGAGCAUUUCUUUCAUGGAACGAAAAAGCAGGAAGAAUCCCUAGCACCCUUGUUGAGUUAUUUCAAACGAGAAGGCCUUUUUGAUGGCAAAGCAAGUCUGCUGGUUCAUGCAUUCUCUAAUGGCGGUGCUGUUCAACUCACUCGGCUCUCCACUAUGAUCGAACGCAGCAAACAACUUGGACCAAGGGCUCUGGCGUUCGUCUUCGAUUCACUGCCCGGAGAGACUUCCCUCUCGACCGCUGUCGACGCGUUUACCAUUGGUUUCAAGGGACCUGUCGUCAAGGUCAUCGCAUAUGUAGCAUUCGCCUUACUCUUCUUCGUUUUCCAUUUGGUGCACACUGUGACUGGGGCAAAGUUCCCCAUAGAGCAGACAAGACAAAUCCUUAAUGAUCCCCACCUUCUUCCCGGUGCAUCAGAGAAUACUCCGAGACUUUACCUGUUCUCUGAUAAGGACAGGCUCGUCCCCGUGACAGCUGUGGAAAGUCAUAUUGCUGAUGCGAAGCAAUUGGGAUUAAAUGUUCGUGCUGCGAAGCUACUUGGAUCGCAGCACGUUCAGCACUCCAGGACACACCCCGAUGAAUACUGGACUGCAGUACGCGAGACUUGGGAAAAGGCUAAGAAGCUCUCCCGCUCAUAGUCUUUUCCAGUCAUGAUGUAGGAUAAUAUCAUUUAUGGGACUCAUACAUAUAAAAUAUCCGGGAUACAAUGUACAAAUAUACAAAUAAUAGCAAC